AUGCCAUCUGAUCUUACAGAAACAUCAUCAGCAUCUUCAAUUGUUAUAUCUGAUACAAUAAGUUCGAAUAAUGCAGAUUUAGCUACAAAAGCAACAUGCAAAGUUUGCAAAAGUACAAUACAUGGCAUCAAAGGUGUUACAUCCAAUUAUAAUCGGCAUAUUAAGGAAUUUCAUAAAAGUCAAUAUGAAUUAUGGCAACAACAACUACAAUUCAACAUUUCACCUAGUCAAAAGAAAAUUACUGACACAUUAACUUUUCAAAAGGUUAAGCUUACAACUACGUCCGGCUCAAUGUAUUUGUUUAAUCAUUCUCGUCAGGUUGAAUUAGAAAAAUCCAUUACUGAAGACUUAAUUAUUGAACUUGGUCUUCCAAUUUCACUAGUUGAACCUGCAGCUUUCAUCAGAUUUGUGACUCAUGUUGAUCCUCGAUUGAAUAUGAUAUAUCGACGUACAUUAACUCGAAGAACAUUACCAAAUUUAUAUUCAAAAAAGUUAGACGAAUUAAGAUCAUUUUGCUCAAUGGCUACAUUUAUGUCUCUUACAUUGGAUUUAUGUACAGAUCGAAGACAACGAGCAUUUUUUGCUUCAACAGGUUCGAAUGAUAAUAAAUAA